UAUUUUAAUUCGCUUACUUCAGUAUCGUGCGAUAAAUACGUACCACAAAAAUUACGUACACAUACGGUACUUUUUGAUCUCUUAUCACGUCUCUUCCCUCUUAUCAUAUCGUAAGAACUAUGAGAAACUGUUGAACCUAGAUAUCAUCUAUUUUCAGUUGUGAUUUUCGAGCAUGUCCAUUAAAGUGCGGGCUUUUGGACAUUUGUUUCAAUUUGUAUCCAUAUUUUCUCUGCGAAUCCAUUCACCGAAUUAACGACAUAGAAUCGUCGUUCAAGACAGCUUCGAAGAUAGGUUACCUGGACGGAUUUCGUUGGCGGUAAUAUCUGAACAUUAACAUUAUUUUUGAAAAUAAUGGAAACAAUGGAAAUUAUUUGUAUAUCUUCCGACGAGGAGACGAGUUUGCAAAAGGAAAAUAAAAAAUAUAAAUUGGGCAAUGUUUCUCUUACAUGUGAGAAGGUAGAAACUUUAUCCAAUAAUGAUGAAAAAGUAGAAGGAAACAAUUUGAAACGUAAAAUGAAAACGAAUACAGAAGAGGAAACUCAAAGUACCGUGGAGAAGAAGAAGAAAAAAUUAACAGGUUUAAAUACAGCUAUGACAUUGGUUGAACAUGUAUUUCAGCCUGAUUUAUAUCAAAUAUCUGAAAAGUCUGAUCAUAUUGAGCAACCAAAUAAGGAGCAAGAAGUAAUAAUUGAAAAGCCAAAAUUGAUUGUGAAAGAGAAAAAAAGAAUAUCAUAUAUUGCACAUGAUGUCUUUCCGUCAUUUAUAAGUUUAUGUCUUCAAAAAAGUAAAGAUAACGAUAGAAAAGAUAUGGAAACAAUUAUUAAUAAAUUAAAAAGACGUUAUGAAGAGUUAGACUUGGACUACACUAGCUCAGAAUAUUUUGUUUCAUUUUUAAAUGACAAGCGUGCAGCUAUUAUAAACGAUGACAACAAAAUAUAUGUGUACAUACAAGAAGUAAUGAAUGAAAUGAAAACAAGGAUCAGAAAGAAACCUCGUAUAUUACCAUCUAAUGAAAGCUAUGAUGCAGUUCCCUCUACUUCUUACGGUUUAAACAAAUCAAGUAUUGAUGCAGCAGAACCAGAUUAUGAGAAUGAUAGAGAGGAGAAUAUAAAUCCUAGCACAAGAAAAAAAAUUAAAUCAGUAUUAAAAACCAUGGAAAAAUGUCGGGAAAAAAUUAAACAAUUGGAAGAAGAUGAGGUUGAUCUUGAUCAGGAUGAUAGUAGUUAUAUAAAAGUUGAAAGAUAUAAACAAAGAAUGGUGGAAUUAUAUAAUAAAUAUUGUGAAUUAACAGGAGAAAAUGCUGAUGCGGGACGUGUAUACUUGCGUCCCAAGCAUAUAAGUGCAACUCGAAUUGUUGCUAUCGAUCAGGCAAUAACAAAUUUUAUUAAUUCUAAAAUCUCUCGAAGAAAUAAAAUAAAAAGGACAGGAUCUCUUACAGAUGAUGUAAUAUUUCCCGAUUACAGAGACAUCUUAGAAUGUGUUAAUAGAUGUAAUGAAAAAAAGAAUUUAGGCUUAGAUGAAACAAAACAAAAGCAAUUAGCCGAAAAAGCCUUCAAAGAAUUAGGAGAACUUUUGCAACGCACAAGGCGUAAUGAUUAUUGGGAUACUUUUUCUUUAUAUCUUGAAAACACAAGAGAAGACCCAGCUAUAAAAGAUAAAGAUUUAGCAAAGAAAUUAACAGACAAUCGCACUGAGGGUGAAAAAAGAUUAGCUGCAAUAUUUGACGAAUAUUACCAAAAAGAAAAAAUGAAGGAGCAAAAUAAUACUGAACCAAUUUCGGAGGAAGAGGAAGAAGAGGAAGAAGAAGAAGAAAGUGUUGAUGAGAAUAAAAGCAAGGAUGACCUAUCUACGACUGGUCUAAGUGAAGAUGAUAGUAACAAUGAGGAAGUAAUAAAGAAAAAAGUUAAAGACAUUAGGCCAUCUGUAGAAAAUGGUAUAAGUAAUAUAAGUACAACAAAUAUAUACCGGAAUACAAAUCAAGUUAUAUCAAAUAAAAGUAUAUUAGAUACGUCACAACAAAAAUAUAAUGAAAAUAAUAAAUUAAAAACUUCAGUAAAAGAGAUUAAUCGACUGGAACCUAAGAUGAAGAACCAGAUAAUUAGUGAGAAAACUGUACAUCAAGUAUGUAGUAGCAAUAUUGUUGCAGAGAACAUUGUGAAUUCAAAAAUACCAAAGGUUUUGUUAUCAACAUGUUCUACAGCAGUCUGCGCAAAUAAUGUUAAUAGGACUGAAGAAGAUCUGCCCGAGAUGAUAACAGAAGAUAUGUCCGAAGUGAUAACAGAUCCUGUAAUAGAAACGAUAACAGAGGAUGCAGCGGACGUGAUACCCAAAGUAGUAGCAGAGCCAUUGAUAGAAGAUGUCACAGAGGUGAUAACAGAAGAUGUCGCAGAAGUGGUAACAGAAGAUGUCACAGAGGUGAUAACAGAAGAUGUUGCAGAGGUGAUAACAGAAGAUGUCGCAGAGGUGGUAACAGAAGAUGUCGCAGAAGUGAUAACCGAAGAUGUCGCAGAAGUAGUAACAGAAGAUGUCACAGAGGUGAUAACAGAAGAUGUCGCAGAGGUAAUAACAGAUGCUGUGAUAGAGGAUGUAACUGUUACUGAGAAUCAAAAGGAAGAAGAAAAGAAGCCUCUAUUGCGAGUACGAUCAUUUGCAAAACCUCCCACGACUUGGGAGGUAGAUAGUCGACAGAAAACAGUUAAAAUCACCCAAGAAAAUGCGUCGAAAGAAACAAACCAGCUCAAAGAAGUAGUUGAUCUGACCAAUGAAAUAGGACCUAUAACCAAUAAGACACCACCUAUUACCAAACCUUGCACUAUAAAACUUGGAGACAAGGUAUUUCCUGUGGUAAAAAGUCCAAGACUGCUUAUACCGACGAAUAAAAAUAUAAUCAGUGUUCAAAAUAUUACGAAUAAUUAUCUAAAGGUAAAUACGCGAACUGGACAAAUUAUAGCGCCAGUACGUGAUAUUAGUGCAUCUACGAUAAUACGAUUGCCAGCUCAAACUGUUACUAGACAAAAUCAACCACAAAAUUCAGUUACCGCGAGAAAUGAAGUGCCCUUUAGAGGAAACGAGACGAUAUUACGAAUUAUUCAGCAAGGUAAGCCGAUUUUAAUUUCCAAAAAGUCGGCAGGACAAUCCGUCUCGAAGCAAAUAAAUGUACAUUUGCCGAAAACGAAACCCAAAUGACUCGAACAUAGAGUAAGAACUGUUUUUCUAGAUCAUUGUUACAUAAAAACCAAUAUGAGCUGAUCAAUUUAGAUGUUAAUUAUCCCUAUCAUAUAAAGCACAUAUGUGGUUCAAGCCAAUAUAUUGAUAUAUUAAUAUAAUUCUUAAUAAAGUU